CCAUACUUUGCGCUUCAUGUGAUCCAAUGGUGUGACACUUGAGAUUUUGACUUAAAUAUAUGAGGACGAAGACUCCUCCAUAUCGUUCCUCCAAUAAACAAUACUCUGUAUUUACACCCUCCAUAAAUACAAUACUCCGUAUAACAUAUAGAAACAGAGGAAGAAGAAUUCGUCUGUCUAAUACUACGUAUAUAGUACUCCGAAGUAUAAAAAUAGCAAUUACUAAUGGAAGAAGGAAAGAAGUUCGCAGUUCUGCUGUGCGCGGAGGACUCGGAGUACGUGAAGCAGAAAUACGGCGGUUACUAUGGCGUUUUCCUGAGAAUGCUGGCCGAGGAAGGAGAAACGUGGAGUGUUUUCCGCGUGUCGAAAGGGGAGUUCCCGGCCGAUGACGAAAUCGGAGAGUUCGACGGAUACGUCAUCACCGGCAGCUGCGGCGAUGCGCACGGGAACGACGUCUGGAUCUGCAAUCUCCUCAGUCUCGUCACCAAGUUGGAUGCCAUGAAGAAGAAGGUUCUAGGCAUCUGCUUCGGUCAUCAGAUAUUGGGGCGAGCACUCGGAGGAAAGACCGGACGAGCAACGGCGGGAUGGGACAUCGGCGUGACGGCCAUUCAUAUUUCGUCAUCCUCUGAUCUCUGUAACUCUCUCAAAUUGCCUGCUUUCCUUGAUGUUAUUGAGUGCCACCGAGAUGAGACAGAUAAAAGAACUUCCUGUGAAGGCUGAGAUCAUCGGAUGGUCAAACAAGACCGGAAUAGAAAUGUUUAGAUAUGGAGAUCACAUAAUGGGAAUACAAGGUCACCCCGAGUACACCAAGGGCAUAAUCUUGAACCUCGUUGACCGUCUACUCCAACACAAUCUUAUUGGAAAUGAUAUGGCCAUUACUGCCAAGGCAAAGCUGGAAGAAGCACAUGAUGAACCAAACAGGGAGGCAUGGAAGAAGUUGUGCACAAGCUUUCUCAAGGGUAGGUUGUGACAUUCAUUAUUAUGGUACGGAUUCUAAAUAAUUUUCAAUUAAGUGUGUUAUUUGAUGAAAGUCAAUUGUAAAUAGAAGACACCAUUCAUGAUUGUUGUCAUUUUCUCGACUAUGGAUACUAUAUGAAUUACUACUAUUUUUUGUCUUCAAUUAUAUGGUUAGGUGUAGGGGG